CUGGUGCAGGGCAGAGGGGGAGUUCUGCAGGGUCCAACACAAAAAACAACAACAACAACAACAAAAAAAGGAAAAGGACAAAAAAAGGAAACAGGGGAAGAGAGAAAAACGCAAAAGAGGAAAGAAAAAGAAGCCUUUUCCAACGAGCAGCAAAGUUUUGUGUGUGUGGUUUUUUUUUUCUUCCUCCUCCUCUUCGUCACAUCACUUUUGUGUGUGUGUGUGUGUGUGUGUGUGUGUGUGCGUGUUGUUGUUGUUGACUCUCCGAGUCUGGUCGCUGCAGAGAUGACCACCGCCGUGGCGUCGCCUUUCUUCGACUUCGAGUUCAUGAACAAGAACAACAAAUUGCUCGGCUACAACAACAACAACAACAACCACCAGCAGCAGCACCUGGGGGCCCCCCAUCCCAUGUCUGGCCCUUGCACUGGCGCCAACGUGCCCCUCUCCAGCCCCACCGGAGCCCUGCUGGACAGGAAAGCCGUGGGAUCUCCCUCGGUGGGGGGCGUGUACCAGCGGCGGCACUCCGUCAGCAGCACAAAGUUCAGCCAGAACCAGUUCCUGAACAGCCUGAAGGCGGACCACUCCUCGCUCAUCUCAGGGGUCGGCUGUGGCGGCGGCGGCGGCAGCAACAAGGAGAACCGCCUGCGAGACCGCUCCUUCUCCGAGACCGGCGAGCGGCUCAUCAACAAGUGCCUGGGCCCCGCCAGUCCCACCGGCAGCAGCAGCCAGGUGAACUCCAGCCGCUACAAGACGGAGCUGUGCAGGCCCUUCGAGGAGAACGGCUCGUGCAAGUACGGCGACAAGUGCCAGUUUGCUCACGGGAUCCAUGAACUGCGCAGCCUGAGCCGCCAUCCCAAAUACAAAACUGAGCUGUGCCGCACCUUCCACACCAUCGGGUUCUGCCCGUACGGGCCCCGCUGCCAUUUCAUCCACAACGCAGAGGAGCGCCGCGGACCCCCGCAGCAGUCCUCCCCUCUGCACUCCUCCAACAAGAUGGAGAGGCCCCGGCUGCAGCACAGCUACAGCUUCGCGGGCUUCUCCAGCUCCGCCGGGCUGAGAGACAGCCCCACCUCCGUCACGCCGCCGCCCAUGUUCUUCCCCGACGAGGUCUCCGACUGGCCCAGCAGCAACCCCUUCACCUACUCCAGCCAGGAGCUGGCCAACCUGUUCGGGCCCGGCCUCGGCGCCGGCUCGGUGGGCACAGAGCCCAACAACCCGGCGCCCCCCUCUCCGACGAGCACGCCGUACUAUUUCAGGCCCAUGUUGGAGUCCCCCCAGAUGUUCGAGUCUCCAUCCAGCCCCCCUGACUCCCUGUCAGACCAGGAGGGCUACCAGAGCAGCUCCGGGGGCAGCCUGAGUGGCUCGGAGUCCCCCACGCUGGACACCACCCGCCGCCUCCCCAUCUUCAGCCGCCUCUCCAUCUCCGACGACUAAAGUGCACGCGCCCACCAAUGACUGUACGUUUUGACACAAAGAGAACCCGGCACUCCCCUCUACCUCUCCCGGUGUCCCACCUGCUCAACACAGUUCCGUUCGUUAGCAUUAUGAGAAUGCAAGUCAAUUAAGGGAAGUCGAAAUUUAGCACAUCGUCCAUUAAAAGUAAAAUCAAAAGAACCCCGCCGCGUGUCAUAGUGCCAAACAAAAAAAAAACGGAGAGGAAAUCGAACAA